GAUCAUCUCAAAAUAACCAAUCCAAAUUAUUUUAAAUAGAUUCACUCUCAUAUGAAGAGGAAUUUGAGAAUCCUUUUACCAUAGUCAAGAUCACGAUAUAUUUCUUAAUAGUUUUUAUCGAUUUAGCAUAGAAGUUGGCGUAUCGAACAUAUGCUUAGUCAUCCUAAGCUUAGACCAAAUACGCUAAAUUAUUGAGAAAAUGGAAGGGAGUUUAAAACAAAUAAAAAUCCCGACUUCUGCGUUCUUUCUUCCUUCCUUCCCCCGUCCAUGAAUUCUGCCGGGGUAACUUGGGCCAACCCUGUUGCCUGCUCCCAAGCAGACAACGAUAGAGACGUCAACUAACGGUGACGGCAAUCCCUCACCUAACAGCAAUAAAUAAAUAGUAAUCAAAAGCCCUCCUCCGUUUACUCUCCCACACGCAUUCCCAUGCCUCCGUACCGCCCAACAAAUUUCCUCCCCUUUUUUCUAAAAUUACCCGCCAGCCGUCAGCUAACGUCCCUUUAACUCCGUCGGCUUCCCCCCGUGACCCUACAUUCCCUACCCUUUCCGUUUUCCCAUCCCGCCGUCACCGUCAUCGUGACCCUUAACCCUCGACCCUUAACCAUGGUCCGGUUAACGGACCAAGAGAGAGAGUGGACGGGGGGUGGGUGGGGUGUUACAGUUAAAGUGGCAAUAAAAAGUCGCGUAAUAUAAGAGGCGCGCGAAGCGGUUUACUGGGGAUUCCUAACGGCGUUUCGUAUUUUUUCUAGAGAGAGAAAGGAAGAGAACGAGCAAGAAGAAGAAGACCUAAAGCCUGCUGGCUGCUCUGCUUCUUUACAGGGUGAAAACUAGAAUUUCGGAAGAGUGGUUUUCAGAGGCAGGGGAAGGGGGCAGGUGGGUAAGCGGUUUUGUAACCGUUUUAGCGGUUUUGAGAGUUCCGUGUUUUUUUUCUUCUUCACUCGCUCACUCUUUUAUUCCCUUUUCUCUGGGUUGGAUCUCUUCGUCGAUCAGUUACAGUUUGGAAAAGGGGGCAGUGUGUGCUGAAAGGCGUGGAGGGGAUUGGGUAGUGGGAAAGCUCGAAGCUUUUAUUAUUAUCCUCAUUUGAGCUCGUAAUUAAGGAAGCCCAAUACGUUUUUGCAGUUACCGGAGGUGUUAUUAUUGAGGAAAUUGAAGUGGGGUUACCUUAAAAGUGGGAAAUUUCGUCCUUUUCAUCUCGUUAUCGGCUUUUCUGGGAGGGUUUUCUCUUUUCUCUUGUGUGCUGUGCUCUUUGACUCGGUGGAUUUAUUUUCUGCUUCUUCGUGGGGAAAGAGCUAAAUGAUGGCGGCGACUCGCGGUGGGUCUUUCCAGCAGGUCAACAAUGAAGGAGGAGGAAGAGAUGAUCUGUAUAAAGAGCUAUGGAAAUUAUGCGCCGGUCCGGUGGUGGAGGUUCCUCAAGUUGAUGAAAGGGUUUACUAUUUCCCGCAGGGUCACAUGGAACAGUUGGAGGCAUCAACAAACCAGGAAUUGAAUCAAAGGGCUCCUCUGUUUAAUUUGCCGUCCAAGAUUCUCUGUCGGGUUAUAAACAUCCACCUCCUGGCUGAACAAGAGACUGAUGAAGUUUAUGCACAAAUAACUUUGAUUCCUGAACUUGAUCAAAGCGAACAGACUAGCCGAGAUCUGUCCCCAACAGAGACUCCAAGGCCUUCAGUUCAUUCAUUUUGCAAGGUCUUAACUGCGUCAGAUACAAGUACUCACGGGGGAUUCUCUGUUCUCCGCAAGCAUGCAACCGAAUGCCUCCCUCCUUUGGACAUGGCUCAGCAAACACCAACUCAGGAAUUAGUUGCUAAAGAUCUUCAUGGUUAUGAAUGGAGGUUCAAGCAUAUCUUCCGUGGUCAGCCGAGGAGGCACUUGCUCACAACAGGUUGGAGUACGUUUGUGACUUCCAAGAGAUUAGUUGCUGGAGAUUCUUUUGUCUUCCUCAGGGGGGAGAGUGGGGAGCUCCGAGUUGGAGUGAGACGGGUUGCUCGCCAGCAGAGCAGCAUGCCUACGUCUGUGAUUUCCAGUCAGAGCAUGCACCUUGGAGUGCUGGCAACAGCUUCUCAUGCCGUUGCCACUCAAACUAUGUUUGUGGUAUAUUAUAAGCCGAGGACGAGCCAGUUCAUCAUCAGCCUGAACAAGUAUUUGGAAGCUGUGGAUAAUAAGUUUGUAGUUGGGAAGAGGUUCAAGAUGAGGUUUGAAGGUGAAGAUUCCCCCGAGCGAAGGUUCUCAGGCACAAUUGUUGGUGUUGAAGAUUUCUCUGUUCAUUGGGCUGAGUCCAAAUGGCGAUCUUUGAAGGUUCAAUGGGAUGAACCUGCUUCCAUUCCAAGGCCGGAUAAGGUUUCUCCAUGGGAGAUAGAACCUUUUGUGGCGUCUUCUAUACCAACCAGCCUCCCUCAGCCAGUUCCAAUGAAAAACAAAAGGCCACGUCCCCCAAAUGAAAUUCCAGCUCUUGAUUUGUCUUCAACUGCCUCACCUUGGAAUUCUGGGUUGACUGAAAUGACACAGAUGAGCGUUACUGGCGAGAGCAAGCGAAAUGAGAAUAUGAUGAUGUGGCAGCAGCACAAGCAGCAGCCAGAUAUUAACAGCCACGGGAGCUGUACAGAUUGGCUGUCUCCACGCAUAAAUAACGUCUCUUCUCAGCAUAAAUUUCAGGAUGCUGCAACUGAGGAUAGCAAGAGCAUCUCAAAUUGGCCUGUUAGCUUCUCAUCUCCCCCUCAAUCUGCGAAACUGAAGAGCGGCGACUCACCAGCUGUUGAGCAGCCAGUUGAUAAGGGAGGAAGGAAACCUGAGGCAGCAGCAGCAACCACUACCACCUAUCGAUUGUUCGGUAUUGAGCUUGUGAACAGUCCAAUGAGUACACCUACGGCUGAGAAGACCUCUGAGGUACAGCAUGCACAUAGCAACCUCUCGCCAUCUGAUGCUGAACAGAAGUCAAUCUCACUUGGUAAUGAAAAGAACACUGAACAAUCACAAGUGUCCCCCAAGGAUAAUACUCAGAGCAGACAAAGUUGUUCCAUGUCCACUAGAAGUCGCACCAAGGUUCAAAUGCAGGGAGUUGCUGUUGGAAGAGCGGUUGACUUGACAAUGAUGAAAGGUUAUCCACAGCUCAUAAGUGAGCUGGAGAGUUUGUUUGACCUCAAUGGACAGCUUCAGACUCGGGAUAAGUGGGAAAUCGUCUACACUGACGAUGAAGGAGACAUGAUGCUUGUUGGAGAUGAUCCAUGGCCUGAAUUCUGCAACAUGGUGCGGAGAAUCUUCAUAUGUUUGAGUCAGGAUGUGAAGAAGAUGACUCCGGGAAGCAAACUUCCGAUGUUUCCCGUGGAAGCUGAAGGUGGAGGUGUAGUAAGCUCAGACUCUGCCCUAGUCGAAACCUCCAACUAACAGCUGGGGAAGAGCCUCGUCUUCUCUCUUUCUAUUCUCUCUUGUUUCUUCUUAUUCUGGCCUUGUGUUUGAAUGUGUGUUGCUGUGGAUUACGGGUUUUGUUUCAAUUUUCUUCUUCUUCAUCAUCUUCUUCCAUUUUGGGUGGGCUUGCAUGGAUGUUUGAAGUUGGAAAAAGAGGAAAGCGAGAGGGAGGGAGGGAGAGAGACUUUGCUAUACUAAUUUUAAGUAGCUCGGCUUUUUAGAGCUUACUACCAAAAGCAGGGGGAAGGAAAAUUGACUUGCAGUGAGAGUGGAGUAGUCGUUUGGACUUUGGUGUCAAAAAAGCAAAGUGUAGAGGGCUUAAGUUAGAGUCUGUAAAUCUUUUGUUUAGUGUGGUAGGUAUUUUGGGGGGCAGAGGGGGUAUAAUGUGAUCACCUCACAAUCUCAGUCAUCAAUCCUUUCAUUAAUGGCUUCUGUCUAUUCUAUGUAUAUAAAGUAUUUGACAAAAGACAAUUAUCAAUGUAAUCCAUUCCUGGUCUUUUUAGUGAGUGGAUUCCUUUUGUUUUCCAGUUUGGUCCUCUAUUUUCUAGUCCUUUACAUUGUGUCUCCCAAAAAUUUACUUGCUCAUGGAAGUUUAUAUAUAUUAUUAUAGUUUUGUUAGGGUUGUGCUUGGCUCGUGAAUAUUUGAAUACAAACUUGACAACGAGAGGAAUGGUAUACAUUGUACUAGUAUGGAAUUGGAAUGUCACUCUCGUUCAAUGUAUGGUUUGUGGUCCUAACGCUGCUCAUACGGUUAGAAUGUCAAAAUGUGGUGUACCUGUUACAUCAUGUGUUGUGUGAUAUACAUUCGUGAACGAUUUUCCAAAUAUGAUGGGCGUUAGUGUUGCAACAGUGGAGUUUGGAUUUUGGACUCAGCCAUCAAGUUAGACUUUGGAUUUUGCACAUAGUAGCAAUGCUAUAACUGAAGCAACGUUAUCAUAUAUAUUUGCAUACGACAAUUCGAGAUGGCGAGACACACGAUUGGACAACAUAACAAGGGUGGUCUGCCAAACAAGUUUCCCUCUGUGAAAUUGGCAAAGAAGUUUGGAAGUAGUAGAUGAUGAUAUGAUAUGAAAGCAGCUUGUAAGAAGAGGUGCAGCCACUAGUACUACUCUCCACUCCCAUGAAUGCAGUAGCAGUAGCAGUAGCAGUAGCAGCGAUGGCAGUGCAUAAGUAAAAACUAUAAUUGACCUUGCUCCUCCCUUUCCUUUGCUUGCCUUCUCCAAUAAUUCACCCACCUACACCAACAACAAUAUCACUUGCAAGUUGCAACCCUCCUAAUUCAUUAAAAGCCCAAUCGGACGUUAAGGUCCGAGUACUACGCGUGAAGGAAGUCCAAUUCAUGGACCACCAACAUGGCCUUGUAUGGGAAAUGGUGGACUGCAUUCGUGGCUAUUGGGCCAAGCCCGCUCCGGACUUGUGGGAGACACAUUAUAUAGACCGAUCAACAUCGGACGUCAGUUGUUUCGCUGAAUAAGGAAAGGACGGGGUAUAGCCUGCCUUGAGGACUUCGUUUUGGAUCCCUUUAACUUGAAAAAUCCGAUGCCCUGAUGGACUAUAGUGUCUGUUUAUGUAAAGUGUGGGGACCUAACUGUUAUGAUCUCCUAACUAGGAGGGGUUUUUUUUUUUUUUUUUUACUGUUAUCUCUCCAAUUGCUCGAUCUUCUCAAAAGAUCCGACAUCAUCAUCUUCUCCACGGAACGAAUCCUCCGCCUCUCCGUUCAAGACCACCCUUCUGCAAAACCAACUACGGCUCUUCAUCAACUUUCCCGUUCGCUGCUCAAGUUCCGUCCAACGGUCAUCUCUGCCUUCUUAUUUAUAUCCUCUUCAACACUUGCUAAAAAAAUGACGAUUUCCUCCAUUAGGUCAAGAUAGGGUUUCUUCCUACAUGUAAUUAAGUCCAUUUUUAUCU